GCCCCUGCCCGACGCCCCAGGGCGCCCCGCUGCAGUCGGCCGGCCCGCAGUGCUCCGGAAAGGCGGCGGGAGGCGGCUGCGCGAUGGCGAGCCCGGGCACCCUGCUGUGCGCGCUGGGCCUGCUCCUGUGCUGGGCGGGGAACCUCGGGCUGUUUGCUGCCUUGGUCCCCAACUCCAAGAAGCCCAUCAUCGGAAUAUUAAUGCAAAAUUGCCUAAGUAAGGAAAUGAAAAACCUGGGAAAAUAUUAUAUUGCUGCAUCCUAUGUAAAGUAUCUGGAGUCUGCAGGUGCAAGAGUUGUACCAAUAAGGCUUGAUCUUAAAAACGAAGAAUAUGAAAAGCUUUUCCAAUCUCUUAAUGGGGUCCUGUAUCCUGGAGGAAGUGCUAGCAUCACGACGUCAGGUUAUGCCAAGGUGGCCGAAAUAUUUUACAAGCUUGCCAGACAGAGUUUUGAUGAUGGAGACCAUUUUCCUGUGUGGGGCACAUGCCUUGGAUUUGAAGAGCUUUCAUAUCUGAUUAGUGGAGAGCGCUUAUUAACUAACACAAACACUGAUGGAAUUACAAUGCCGCUGAACUUCACUGGAGUUCCAUCAAAGAGCAGAAUGUUCCAGAAUUUUCCUGCUGAAUUGUUGCAAUCAUUAGCGGUAGAACCUCUGACUGCAAAUUUCCACAAGUGGAGCCUCUCCGUGACGAAUUUUACAAUGAAUGAAAAGUUAAAGGAGUUUUUCAGUGUUAUAAGUACAAACACAGACGGCAAGAUUGAGUUCAUUUCAACAGUGGAAGGAUACAAGUAUCCAAUAUAUGGAGUCCAGUGGCAUCCAGAGAAAGCUCCUUAUGAGUGGGGGAGAUUCGAGGGCAUUUCCCAUGCACCCACCGCUGUGAAAGCUGCAUUUUAUUUAGCAGAGUUCUUUGUUUCUGAAGCUCGGAGAAACAAUCAUCAUUUUAAAUCUGAUGUUGAAGAAGAUGAAGCAUUGAUUUAUCAGUUCCGUCCCGUUUAUACUGGAAAUAUUUCUAAUUUUCAGCAAAGUUAUAUAUUUAAUUGAAAGCCUGCGAUAUGUUAACAGAAAUUUUGAAUAAUUCCAUGAUUAAAUUGUUACAAUAACUUGCUACUCGUGGCAAUAAUAGAAAGCCCCAGAGAUUCCUUUUUUAUAAUGUCACUGGCUCAAAUUUUUCAUUCAAUAUAUUUGAGUAUAUCACAUUUGAUAAUUAAUCAGUGAGGAAGAUAAAUAAUUCUAGUGUAUUUUAUGGAAAAGCUUUCUUUUAUCUUAAGAUUAGAAAAAAUAAAUUUAUUGAAAAUA